UGCAGUGCUCUGUUGCGGCCAAGUAUAAAAGCAACACCCUCGACAGUCACUGCAAAUAUCGUUAACCACAGCUGGAACAUAGCGACUGAAAAUGACUUCUGAGAACAAGAUGCGAUACGUCCGUCUCGGCAAGAGCGGUUUGAAAGUAUCCAAGAUCAUUUUAGGCUGCAUGUCUUAUGGUGAUCCGGAGUGGCAUGAGUGGGUUCUGAGAGAGAAGGAAGGAAUCGAACAUAUCAAGUAUGCGUACGCGAAUGGAAUCAACACAUUUGACACCGCCGAUAUCUACUCCUGUGGUGCGUCAGAAGAGAUUCUCGGAAAGGCCAUCCGGGAGAUCGACUGCUCCCGAGAGGAUGUAGUGAUUCUCACCAAGUUAUUUAUGCCCGUUACCCACGAUAGCCGUGCGCCACCCCCUCCUUUCCCUGAUCUCGAUAAAUCCGGAUAUACGAACCAGUACGGAUUGAGCCGAAAGCAUAUCUUCGCCGCUGUGCAAGCAUCCCUCAAGAGGCUCAAUGUAGAGUAUAUCGAUGUCCUCCAGUGUCAUCGAUUUGACUAUAAUACUCCCAUAGAAGAGACUAUGCAAGCCUUACACGACGUAGUCCAGAAGGGUUGGGUCAGAUAUAUCGGCAUGUCUAGUUGUUGGGCAUACCAGUUCCAUGCCAUGCAGAACUACGCUAUCAACAACCGUCUCACCCCAUUCGUCUCUAUGCAAAACUUCCACAACGCCGCGUAUCGUGAGGAAGAACGUGAGAUGAUUCCUACUUUGCAGAUGUUCGGUGUUGGAUGUAUUCCCUGGUCUCCUCUCGCACGAGGAUUCCUCACUCGACCCUGGAAAGACUCUGCCACACUUCGAACCCAAUCAGACGCUCUCUACAAGGCCCGCGGUUUCGCCGACCCAGCCGUUGCCAAACAGCGCAUUAACGAAGCCAUCGAGCAAAUUGCCGAGAAGAGGGGUAUCAGUAUGGCCCAGGUCGCGUUGGCUUGGUCGUUGAGCAAGGAGUAUAUCACAGCGCCUAUCGUGGGGACCACUAGUCUUGAUAAGCUCAAGGAUCUACUUGCUGCGGUAAAUUUGGAGCUUACGGAGGAAGAAAAAAAGGCAAUUGAGGAGCACUAUGUUCCACAGGAAGUUACUGGUCACCAGUAAUCCAGGAAGCGCAAACCGCAAUUGAAGGGAAUUAAACGUGGUUUCCUUGGGUAGUCGAAAGCCAACGUGGUAAAUAAAAGAUCGAAUGGAUUGUUGGGAAUGCUCUCUUCUUACAGUUACCAGUAACUGCUCCCAUAAGCAUUACUUGACCUCUAUCGGUUCAAAGCCAUAAACUUUCAGCGUCGAUCAUAGAGGAAAAGGAACAAUGGGAUGUCUAAAAUAACAUUACAACAGAUACGCAUAGUGUGUGAUUAUAUGAUUGUAUUUAUUGAUAGCAGCAU